AUGUGGUGGUACUUUCUGUUCAAGGUAACCUUUUCUAUUCGUAUGUUUCGUUAUAGUUGUGUGUGUGUGUUUACAGUACCUCCUAGUCUCGACUACAUCAAGUACAGUAAUCACAGCGUUCGAGAUUGAGAAUGGCGUCGUCGGGAAGCCGGAAGUUUUCUGUGGCAUUGACACUAUUCGGGUGAAGGUUAACACCGAACACCCGUUUAAAGGUACCUACCGUUGUGUAGUCGCAUCUAGUCGACAGCAUCAUCGAAACGUUUAGGCCGAAUCUACGUGGACGGCGAAUCGGACAAGCAACACUGUGUGCAUCACUCGGUGGAGCACUCCUCGUCGUCCGGCUCCACCCAAGACUUUCAAAUUCCAAUCGGCGCGUGCAACAUGCGUCGCCAACGGACGUUGCAUCCACGUGGCAUCGCCUUCUCCUUCACCAUGAUCACCUCGUUCCAUCCGUUUUUCGUGACCGGAAUGGACCGCGCGUUCAGCAUCCGAUGCUUCUUCCUGGAAAGUAUCAAAGGUCUGAACGCCGAGAUCGAUGUCGGGUGAGUGUGGAAUAACUUCGUUGGUUUGUUUGUUUUCAACUCUUUUUACUCGCAGAACCCUGGCACCUCAACAUGUGGAUCAAGAAUACUCGUUGCCGGUGUGCGCCUACCACCUGAAGGAGGGAAUCGAGGGACACGUGUUGCGAUUCGCGCAGGUGGGACAGAAAGUCACGCAUUUGUGGAGGUGCGAUCAAGGUUAGACGCUCAUCAUGAAGGGGAUUCACGAAACUAGAUGACAAAGAAUCAUUCAGAUGCCAGCCACAUUUACGGAAUUCUGAUUCACAGCUGCUACGCCGACGACGGGCACGGCAACAAGUUCGAGUUGGUCGACGACAGAGGCUGCUCCACCGAUCCUUUCCUCCUUCCGCAAAUUGAAUACGAGAACGGCGCGAUCUCGGCGUACACGAACGCGCACGUCUUCAAGUACGCCGAUAAGGUGCAGCUCUACUUUACGUGCACCGUCCAACUUUGUUACAAACACGACGGCGGAUGCGAAGGAAUCACUCCGCCACAGUGUUCCGGACAUGGGAUCGGAGGCAUCGGACGGGGACCGGGGGGACCUUUGGAUCACACUAAAUUCAGACAUUCCGGACCUCCGGAUCGUACGCCGCCGAGCAUCGACGGGAAUCAUGUGGAUUCUGAGGGGGACGGUGAAGGUGAGGGACCUCGAAUCCCCGGAUACAUCAAGCCCGACGCAUUCCAACCGAUCAUCCUCGGACCCCCGCAUCCGACCGUAUUUCACAACAAGGAAGGGCCACCUCCUCAUCAUGUGAACCCAUUCCCAGGCCCCGAGCCGUCCAGUCCUUAUCGUCGCGAUUCGCCGCUCAACGACACGUCCGAGGACGACAUUGUAAUGCAAGUGGUCACUCUCCGGACUACCGUCCCAACCGUAUCGCCCAUGAAUCAGACGCCCGAACUGGUGACGUUCAAGCCAUUGGGCGAAGAUUCGCGAAGCACGGCGGCCAUGUCAUCGUCGACAAAAGUGAGAAGAACAGCGGGAGAAAUGGAGACGGACGUGUCGGUCGAUGUGAUUGUGUUGCCGGUCGAGGACAAGGAGCGCAAAGGUUCGUUUGCUAGUCGUACGUUGUAAACCUAUAAUAUUCCAGACACAAACACGCCGCCGCAAUCGCUUUCGUUCCAAUCGCCAUCCGAAGUGUGCUUGUCGAAGACGUCAACGGCGAUCUUCUGCACCGCUAUCCUCCUCGCCGUCUUCUGCUGCGUCGCCGUCACGUUCCUGGUCACUCGGCAGCGGAAUCGACAACUUUUGCACCAUUCGAAACGUCGCAUCGACAACUUUUAG